AUGAUGAAGUGCACGAUUACAUGCAUUUCGGCGUCAAAUAGGCUUUUUCAAGACCCCUCCUCGACGAAAAUAACGCCCUCACACUCAAGGGGCCGAGGGUAUCGGUGGAGUCGGGAUGCGUCAUCACAUGGAUACAGUUCUGAGGUGGAUGGACGAGGGAAAGAAAGGGAGUCUGGAAAUGGCCUCAUCACAAUGCAAACUCGUGGAGGUGAAUUGAGUCGCGACAGAAAGAGUGUGAAGCUGCAAACGAGGCCAUUGGGGCGUCGGGAGGUAAGAGGAGCGAAGCGAGAGCAGACCAGGAAGGAGAACACACCUCCUCGUGUCGAGGUUGGGGAGGCCUGGCGGUGA